ACCCCCCCUCUCUUCUUACGUCUAAACAUUCAAACUCACACUCACACUCCUACCAAUGGACAACAUCCAUUUCUCUCUACCAUUACUCACUACACUCCUCCUCCUCCUCCUCCGAUCCUCCACAACCCUAGCUCAAACGCCGGCCCCCGGCCCGUCGGGUCCUACCAACAUAACCAAGAUCCUCGAGAAGGCUGGCCAGUUCACCACCCUCAUCCGUCUCUUCCAGAUCACCCAAGUCGGCGAUCAGAUCAAUACCCAACUCAACAACUCCAACCAGGGCCUCACCCUUUUCGCCCCCACCGACAACGCCUUCUCUUCCCUCCAGGCCGGAACCCUCAACUCCUUAUCCGACCAGCAGAAGGUCUCAUUGGUUCAGUUCCACAUCCUCCCCACUUUCCUCUCAAUGUCUCAGUUCCAAACCGUCAGCAACCCUCUCAGGACUCAGGCCGGGGACAGCGCAGCCGGGGAGUACCCGCUCAACGUCACCACCGCCAGCAACCAGGUUAACAUCUCCACUGGGGUGGAUGACGCCACGGUUGCUAACACCAUCUAUACGGACGGGCAACUGGCGGUUUACCAGGUGGACAAAGUGCUUCUUCCUUUGAAAAUCUUUGGCACGCCAUCGCCGGCCGCGGCCCCGGCCCCAGCGGCGCCUAAGGCUACCAAGAAGAAGUCGGGGGCGGAUGAUAGCCCAGUGGCUGGCGGCGAUUCUCCGGCGGAUUCGUCCGGUGGAGUUGGGCGUGGCAUGCACGAGGGAGUUGGAAUCAUAGCAGUGAUGUUGGCAAUUACAUUUAAUUUGUGACGAAAAUAAAUGGAUCGACAGACAUUGUUGCAACAGAGGUGAUUGCAUGAGAGGAAGAAGAGAGGAAGUUUGAUUUCUCCAUCAUUUUUGUUUUUUUGUUUCUAUUCAAUUGUAACCUUUUUUUUAUUUUAUUUUAUUUUAAAUCUCUCCGGUUUGUGGAUGUUGAUGUUUCUGUUUUUCAGGAUUUGUAUCAAUUUAAUCGUUGUUGAAUUUAAUUAAUAUAUUUGUCUACUCGCCUUCUUCUA